UUUAUGAUAAUUCUUCAUGUUACUAUUGAUCUUUUUAUUCAGUCCAAUUAUCUGGGUGAUGCUGUUUCACAGGCAGUGUUGUGCCUAAAAUGUUGCUUAUGUGAAAUGAACUCUCACAUGUCUGUGAACUCAAUCUAUUUCUUCAGGCAAGAGAGGCUUAAAUUUUGGUCCGAUCCUGAUACUGAGUUGAAACUUGCUAAGGAAACCGGCAUUAGUGUUUUCCGCAUGGGCGUAGACUGGACAAGAAUAAUGCCUAAGGAACCAACUGAAGAUUUCAAGAGCUCGGUUAAUUUUGCAGCACUUGAGCGGUAUAGAUGGAUCAUUCAAAGAGUUCAUGAGCAUGGGAUGAAAGUAAUGCUUACCCUAUUUCAUCACUCACUUCCACCUUGGGCUGGGGAAUAUGGUGGAUGGAGGAUGGAAAAAACUGCUAAUUAUUUCAUGGAUUUUGUAAGGCUUGUUGUUGACCGUGUGUCAGAUUUAGUGGACUACUGGGUGAUUUUCAAUGAGCCACAUGUGUUUGUGAUGCUAACUUAUUGUGCUGGAGCUUGGCCUGGUGGGGAUCCUAAUGCAAUUGAAGUAGCAACAUCUGCUUUACCAACUGGUGUAUAUAAUCAAGCUUUGCAUUGGAUGGCUGUUGCACAUGCUGAAGCUUAUGACUACAUUCAUUCAGAAAGCAAGAAUGCAAUGAUGCCAAUAGUUGGUGUUUCACAUCAUGUAUCGUUUACACGGCCAUAUGGUCUAUUUGAUGUUGCGGCUGUCACAAUAGCUAACUCAAUGACCCUAUUCCCCUUCAUCGAUAGCAUCUGUGAUAAGUUGGACUUUAUUGGCAUCAAUUACUAUGGUCAGGAGGUAAUAUCAGGACCUGGUCUAAAGCACGUGGAAAAUGAUGAGUACAGUGAAUCUGGUCGUGGAGUUUAUCCCGAUGGGCUGUUUCGCAUCCUACUUAAGUUCAAUGAGCGAUACAAGAGCUUAAACAUACCUUUUAUCAUUACUGAAAAUGGAGUUUCUGAUGAGACUGAUCUGAUUCGGAAACCAUAUAUACUGGAGCACCUGUUAGCCAUAUACGCGGCCAUUUUAAUGGGUGUGCGUGUGCUUGGCUAUCUAUUCUGGACAACGUCGGAUAAUUGGGAGUGGGCUGAUGGCUAUGGUCCCAAGUUUGGGCUUGUUUCUGUUGACCGUGCUAAUAACCUAGCACGGAAACCUCGCCCUUCGUACUAUUUGUUCACCAAG